GCGUGGCGACGCUUCCGCCUUCCUUCCGUUGUCACGCGACCGCCUCCACCUCCCUCCCUUCCCUUUUUACCUCCUGGCCAGCUUGCCCAGUGCUGAGAUAUUCGGACCGCAGCUGUGGAAAGGAGCGACGCCAACUCUGAUCAUGUCCACGACCGCGACUAUCGCCGAGUAUCAAGCCCAGAAUAAAGCCAAGCUCGUCUCUGAGGUUCGACGGAGGUUUGAAGCUGAGUAUGUGACAGAUAAGUCAGAUAAGUAUGAUUCACGUGAUGUUGAAAGACUACAGCAAGAUGAUAACUGGGUUGAAAGUUACUUGGCUUGGAGGCAUAAUGUCAUAGAUGAAACACUGAAGAUGCUUGAUGAGAGUUUUCAGUGGAGGAAAGAAAUGGCUGUCAAUGACCUGACCGAAGCCUCCAUUCCCAGGUGGCUAUUGGAAAUUGGUGGCAUUUAUCUCCAUGGUUAUGACAAAGAAGGCAACAAGUUAUUCUGGAUCAGGGUGAAGUACCAUAUAAAAGACCAUAAGACCAUGUUGGACAAAAAGAAGCUUAUUGCAUUCUGGUUGGAACGGUAUGCUAAGAGAGAAAAUGGGAAGCCUGUUACAGUGAUGUUUGACCUGUCAGAGACUGGACUAAAUAACAUAGACAUGGACUUUGUACGCUUUAUCAUCAACUGCUUUAAGGUUUAUUACCCUAAAUACCUCUCAAAAAUAGUGAUCUUCGAUAUGCCUUGGAUAAUGAAUGCCGCUUUCAAACUUGUGAAAACCUGGCUUGGUCCAGAAGCAGUGAGUUUGUUGAAGUUUACGAGUAAAAAUGACAUCCAAGACUAUGUCAGUGUAGAAUACCUGCCUCCUCACAUGGGUGGAACUGAUCCUUUCAAGUAUAGCUACCCACCACUUGUAGAUGAUGAUUUCCAAACACCAUUGUGUGAAAAUGGGCCUAUUGCCAGUGAGGAUGAAGCUUCAAGUAAAGAAGAUAUAGAAAGUGAUGGCAAAGAUACCUUGGAAACAAUUUCUAAUGAAGAACAAACAACUCUUCCUAAAAAGGGUAACAUAAUGGAACCUACUUCCAAAGCAGAUGAGAAUGAAAAAGUUGAUUCCAAAAUGAAAACUUUCAAGAAACCACUGAGUGUGUUUAAAGGGCCCUUAUUACACAUCAGCCCAGCGGAAGAACUGUAUUUUGGAAGUACAGACUCAGGAGAGAAGAAAGCUUUGAUAGUGUUGACAAAUGUAACAAAAAACAUAGUGGCAUUUAAGGUGAGAACAACUGCUCCAGAAAAGUACAGAGUCAAGCCCAGCAACAGCAGUUGUGACCCUGGUGCAUCAGUUGAUAUAGUUGUGUCUCCCCAUGGCGGUUUAACAGUCUCUGCCCAAGACCGUUUUCUGGUAAUGGCUGCAGAAAUGGAACAGACAUCUGGCACGGGUCCAGCAGAAUUAACUCAGUUCUGGAAGGAAGUUCCUAGAAACAAAGUGAUGGAGCACAGGUUAAGAUGCCAUAUUGUUGCGAGUUGUAAACCAUCUAGUCUUACAUGGAAAGAUCACGCCUCUAACAUGUCAGAUAAAACCAGCGAAGACCUCUGCCAUCAGCUCAGUCGUUUGGUAGCGAGCACUAGGAAGCUUGAAGACCAAGUCGAACGAUGUAUCUGGUUCCAGCAGCUGCUGCUUGCCCUAACUAUGCUCUCAUUUACCUUUAUGGUUUCUUCAUUCUAUCUGUUGUACAGUUCAAGAAGUGGGCCUUAGUGGGAGUCUAAGACUCCGAACUUUACCACCAUGCUCCAAGUGUCGCACAUCUAUGCUUCCACCAAGGAGAUGUACGGCAUUUAGGGGCAGAACUGAAACAUUCUUGAAAUAAACUAGUAGAAUAAGCAAACACUGAAGAGAUUGAUUAUGAGAGUCUAUAGGUAGUUAGUCAAGUAAGUAAAGGCAUAUCUGUUGUGUGACUUAAUAGUUUAGAGAUAAUUUAUUUUCCCCUCCUGAAUACUUUUAAAGCUUGUUUUAUCGUGUGUGUGUGUGUGUAUAUAUAUAUAUGUAUGUAUUAUAUAUAUAUAUAUAUAUAUGUACAUGUUAGCUGAACAGAAAAGUAACUUGCUUUGUUGCAGCCAAAAAACGUCAUCUGCUUUUUUUUUUAACACAGUUAUUAUAGCUGAGCCAACUUAGUUUUUCUAUACUGUGUAUAUAGAACAAUGUAUAUUGAAGAAAAAAAAAAAGACGUACUUAUACAGAGUCAUUUCUGUAACCAGGACUUUGUCAUUUUGAGGACUACUAACACGUGCUAGUUGAUGUUCUUUUGGAAUGUACAACUACUUAAUGCCAAACCACCUUUAGCCUUUGUUUCCUAUCCGUCUUCCUUAAAGGCCUGCCUGCCUUUUAUUAGGGCUUCCCUGGUGGCUCAGAGGUUAAAGCGUCUGCCUGCAAUGCGGGAGACCUGGGUUCUAUCCUUGGGUUCGAUCCCUGGGUCGGGAAGAUUCCCUGGAGAAGGAAAUGGCAACCCACUCAAGUAUUCUUGCCUGGAGAAUCCCAUGGACAGAGGAGCCUGGUGGGCUACAGUCCAUAGGGUUGCAAAGAGUCAGCGGACUUUGUAUUGAACAAUCACAUUCUCAUUGAGGUAGGACUGGGGAACUAAGUCUGGUUGGAUUUUCUCUGAAAUCUGUCAGUAACAUCUGAAGGAGAACCUCUCCAGUCUUUUUUAUGCAGUUUCAUGUUGCUCUCUGGCUGGACACAUACCUUUUUGCUUCACCUGUUAUAAAGGCCUGAUCCUCCAUUGGAUCAUCUUCACCUUCUUUUCUAAAUGAAAGGAGUUAGAUAAACAUAUUUUUUGAAAAGUUAAUUUUUGAAAAAGAUGCCUAGCAGUAUAAUUCAUUUACAUUUCAGUUUCUUGUUAAAAUCAGGCAUGAGAGGGGAACUUGACAAAACACUGGAGUAUUUAAGAGGGUGGAAAAAAAACUGAAACUUAGGUUGUCAGUUCUCCGUUUUAAAAGUGAAAAAUAGUACUUGGUGAUCGACUGUCCAACCUUCAGACCAAGGUUAACUGACUUGAUCUUCCACCUUUGUCAACAGCAAUACUGAGGACAGUUCCUCAAUUCCUAACAUGAAACACCUCGCGGGAGCAGAGCCUAAUAACAGUAGUUUCUUUUCUCAUCAAUAUAACCAGUUUGGGUCCCUGUUGCUUCACAUGUAAAUCUACUUUAUAUGAAAGACAAAAAAUAGUCUGUAAAAUAAAUUUUGAGUUGUGAUUGAGCCACGUUUGGAGAAUGUUUUAUUCUGAGCUUGUAGUGUUGGCGGCUUUCAUCCUGAGAACUUGAUGACCCUAAAUGGCAUUAUGAAGAAGGAAGAGAGAGGCUUCCUUGGAAAUGGGCCUAGGAAAUAAAACCUUAAAUGGAUACUGGUCUGAUACUUUGUCUUAAUUUGGGUUUUUCUGUUUCAGUUUGCCACCUCCAGACGUGAAAGUGACUGCAGUCCACCCUAAGUACUGUUCAUAGUUUCUCCCUGUGUGUGCAGCGCUUUCCCCUUAUAUGGUAGAUCACUGGCUUUACUAUAAUCGAAUCCCAAAUUGUCUAUGUGUUUUGUUCUUUGGCAAAUAAAUGUGGAAAUAAUUAGUCAAAAUUGGAAAUGUAUAAUAAUUCACGUGAAAAUUACAUAAACUCACUAAAAUGUUUUUCCCUGAUGUCUGGCCAGUUGAAUUUAAUAACGUAUCUUGUUAACAUUUGUGUGUCUAUUAAAUGUGACUAAGCAAAAUGUACUGAAAAUUAACCAUAAAAUCAAAGGCAUCUAAACUUUUGUACUUGUCUUGAUUGGUUACAUAUAUUUAUAUUUGAUUUUAUUCUGUCUUCCUUUAUUUAAUCACAUUUGUAUGAUUAUUUUGAGUACUCUAUAAUUAUUUUUUAAUAUGUCAUUACCUGUUUAUGACCAGAUUACCAAGGACCAACAUUUAGAUUUAGAUUGUUUUCACUUGGGAAUGGAAAUUCAUCGCGUUUCCAUGAAAACAUUAAUGAAGUAUCAUUAUAGGCAAGAGCCUAAAAAUACAAUUGCUGGUAAACCUAGACUCAAAUUUCAUAAUAUACCAUAACUGUUUUUAUAUCUUGCCACUAAUUUUGACUGGAUUUAAUAGCACUUUAUUGUACAAUUGCGAAAAAAAAAUAUAUUCCUAGAAUUGUUGCCAGUGUAAUUUCUCUAAUGUUCUGGUGCUUUUCAUAUAUUUUCAGUAUUUUUAUUACUAUAUUGGUAUUUUCUUUGUAUAAAUUGAUCAAAAGAACAUGCUUUCUAUUUUAAUAUGUUUUAGAAAAAUAAUACAUUUAUGCAAUAAAUAUCAUCAGGAAAAA